AUGCUGUUUUCCUCCCCUUCGGAGCACUUAGGCGUCACCGCCAGUUUCGUGCAUCGCGCUCUGGAUCUCAUUCUUGAGCAUACUGUACUGAGUGCUGGCAUCGGGAUUGGAUUGUUCGCUUGCUGGCUCGUACGCCACCUCAAGAGCCCCUGGCGUAGCAUACCACCGGGACCGCCAGGGUUGCCUAUCAUCGGGAAUGCUCUCCAGAUAUCGAGCGACAAGUACUGGAUGAAGUACAGUGCCUGGAGAAAGGACUACGGCGGAAUGUUCUAUCUGAAUGCCGCUGGCAAGCCUAUGAUCGUCAUCAACGAUCACAAGAUCGCGACCGAGCUGCUCGAUCAACGAGCUGGCCUCUACUCUGAUCGAGCAUCGAUGAUCGUCGCGAAUGACAUCCUCUGCGACGGCCUUCUUCUUCCUCUUUCCCAGCACAACGAAACAUGGCGUCGAAUGCGCAAAGCUGCACACGAGUCCUUGAACAAAGUUGUCGCACAUGUCCUGAACGAGUACCAAGCUGAUGAAGCACUCGCCCUCGCAAGCAACAGCAUGCAAGAUGCUUCAGGAUGGAUCACCAAUCUGCAUAUUGCAUCGACGAGUUUGAUGCUGCGUUGCCUCUACGCGGAGCCGCCAGUAUCUGAUCACGGAGACGCCCGUCUUGCACACAUGGACGACUUCUCUGUGCGCUUAACACGAUCGAUGCGACCUGGAGAAUACUGGGUCGACAGCAUGCCGUGGAUGCGCUAUAUUCCUCGCGUAUUUGCGCCUUGGAAGCGCACUGCUCAAGACUGGCAUGCCAAGGAUAACAGAGUAUUUCACGAUCUCUAUGAACGAGUACAAGAAGACGUUAACGUCAAUGGCCUCGAACGGGAAUCAUUCUGUGCCACCCUUGUUCGCGAUGUUAAUCGCUACCAUCUAACGACCCAUGAAAACGCAUGGUUAGCGGGAUCAUUAUUCAUAGCCGGGGCCGAUACUACUCACGCGGCGCUCGAAUGGUGGACUCUUGCUAUGCUCGCCUACCCGAAGGUCCAGCAGAAGGCCCAAGAUGAACUUGAUGCUGUGAUCGGUCGCGCGCGGGUCCCCACAUUCGCCGAUAUGGCCCGGCUUCCGUACAUCUGUGCUAUGGUGAAGGAGGCGCUUCGUUGGCGACCUAUAAAUCCCAUUGGAGUGCCUCACAAAAGCAUGGCGGACGACUAUUAUCAGGGAUACUUCAUCCCCAAAGGGACGAUCGUCGUCGCAAAUGUCUGGGAGAUGAAUCACGACCCCGAGAUCUUCGGCGCCGACGCCCUCGACUUCAAUCCUAGUCGUUAUCUCGAUGAGAAGGGCACGACAGUCAUAAACCCUCCCGGCACAAAGGAGGACGGAAACUUUUCAUUCGGUUUUGGCCGUCGUAUCUGCGUCGGAAAGCAUGUCGCAAGCAACAGCAUGUUUAUCGAUAUAGCCACUUGUCUCUGGGCCUUCACGUUCUCAAAUGUGCAAGGCCAGAAGCUCGAACUGGACGACUGCGUAGACCAGGGGGUCGUCGUCGUCCCUAAACCGUUCGCCGUCAACAUUCAGCCUCGCUUUCCGGAAGCGUUUGACUUGCUCACCCAGGAGCGCGAGCUUCACGGUCGCUGA